AUGAAUAAAAUAGCAUUGGCAGUAGUACUAGCAAACAUUAUAGCAGCAAGGUGUUUCUUUAAUGAAAUAGUAGACAAAGCACAGAACAUAGGGAAUAAGAUAGGGAGUGCAGCCAAGAAAGCAGCUAAAAAUACGCCUGUAGGAGCAGUGGCUGAUAGCCUGUACAGCGAACUGGUUGAGCCAGAGGAGCCAAAGGGAGAGAAAGAGGAAGAGAAGAAGGACACAGCAGAAAAAGAAGAGCCAAGGGGAGAGAAAGAGGAAGCAGCUAUAAACAGCGCAGAGAACAAGAAAGCGAAUAAAGAGAAUAAUAAACAACAGAAAGGCCGUGCUAAGGAUAGGAAAGCCAAUCCUGACACAAAAAAGGACUCAAAGGGAAGUAAGCCAGCAGACAAAGCAGCUGAUAAACUCAUGGAUAAGCCAGCAGACAAAGCAGCAGUCAAUGCAUAA